AUGAUGUCAAACACUGUUGGACGCCUUGCGCUUUUCGCAACACUCCCUUUACUGACUUCGAGAUUCACUGUUACACAGGACAACGAUGGUUCUGACCAAACCGUGGCCCAGGCGAUUUUUACCGGGCAGGGCCUGAGUGUAGUGAACUGGGACUUGAGUGCUGCAUCGGGCAGCUAUGGAUCCUUCGCUGACGGCCCAUUCGGCAUCGGCAGCGGUGGCAUCUUGGCCACUGGUCCCGUGUCUGGCGCCCUGCCUGGAGGAAAUCGUAAUGUCGAUAACGGGCAUUCGAAUAACGGAGAGCAGGACAGCUACUGUGGACCCAAUAGCCAGAAUGCCCUCGUUCUCUAUGCAGGUGUCUUUAUUGACUCUGGGUAUAAUGGAGUCCAGCUAGAGUUUAUCCUGGCCACGGAAGAGGACGAAGGGGGCCAGCCUGACUCUAUUGGCUUGCUCGCCUAUACCGAUAACGAGCACCAACUGGCUGUGGAUGGCAGCGGAAACAGAAUCACCGCCCAGUCUUCCUUAGCAAAAGACCCAAUCGCCAUACGCCCACCUAACAGUGUUACCGGAUACUCAAGAUCGACCCCUCCUCUGAUUGUAACACUUCCGUUACCAGGAGGAAAUACCCAACUCGACAUCUUCCUCUCGAUAUGCGACAUCAAUAACGCCGGCCACGAUUCAGCUUUACUUAUCAAAGGUACUGCUUGUACCGACUGCGAGUUGACUCCAAAUGGUGCGGAGAUCAACUACGUCAAAGAGACGACUUCGCUCCAGCGAGAGCAAGCAUAUACCUCUACUAUACCUGCAUCUGGCACAGCCUCGGGAACAUUCAUAUAUUUUGUCGCGCCUGAAGAAACGACCACCACUGCCCUCGAGCAACCAACCUCGACUGACGCUACAACUACGACUUAUGAGUCAACGGAGACAACCACGACUGAUUCAACAACUACCACCGCAACAACGACUAGUGGUGAGGUCAAGAGCACCUCUGCAGAGGCAGCGGUUACAACCAAAACAACAACUAAGGAACCAACUACUACUGCCGAAAGUACCUCGACAGAAGAGCCAACAACUGCUAGUCAAUCUACUGACACCAACACGUCAACUGAGCUGGGCACUACCGUUGAGGACACAACCACAAGUGACUACUCAUCCACCACCACGGUUGAUGAGCCCACGACCAGCUCAACAAAUGUCUCGAUAGUCAGCACCGUUACCACCACCGAUGCCACUGCCGUUGUCACUACAGAUACCGCAUCCACUGUUGCUACUGAUAGCGCGAGCCAACCAACAACUGCAACUCUGAGAGAAUCAACCACUGUCGCGUUGACCAGCAGCACGAUAGUGACUACUUCCGACGAGCCUGUACUCCAAUCAGAUACAACGACUACCAUGUCGAGCGACUCAAACACCGCCAGCUGGAGUUCAUCCGAGACAUUUAGUACAUCUUCUGGGUUUUCGAACCAAGCUACAACUUCUCGUGCCUCGUCUUCGAGUGAGACUUCACUCCCACUCUCUUCAACUGAUAUCUCUUCGACCGAAAUUUCUUCCACUGCGGCCGUUUCUCAGGAAACUUCACAGACUCUUACAGCCCAUUCUGAACCAUACACCACUUCUACAUCUUCUCUCAUAUUUUCCACUUCUGCAAGCGGUUCCAUCGAUUCGAGCUCCAUUUCCGUUUCAACACCGGCCAGCACCAUCAGUAUGGGCUUACAAGGAUCCUCAUCUGCAGGCUCUACAGAGCUAGUUGUUACAAAGCCAAGUUCCAGUCAAACCACGGUGUACUCAGUACCUUACAACUCCGGUAAGCCAGGACAGAGCCUCGUUGCAACGACAGUAACAACCAUCACGUACACUAUCGUCAAUCCUUACAAACCCUCCGAGUUGACGGUCACUGAGUACUGCUCCACUUUGUCGUAUCAACCAUGUACUCGUUGUGCCCACCAGCCAAUUCCCUCGGUUUCCAUGACUACACAAGUCGUUCCUUGCGACGGAUGCGGGAAGCAGGGAGAGAACGAGGUUACUGUUACAGUGCCUUGUGCAGCCGCCACAGAACCGGCCUCUAAUGAUCACCCCUACAAGAAGCCCAAGCUGCCGAAGCCACAAGGUUCGCAUCAGUCGGAAUCUCUAGUUCAGUAUGCCAAGCCAACAUCGGUCGUAAACCACGCUGUGCCUGGCUUCAACGGAACACUCACCACGGCCAUCAGACAUGCUCGACCUACGGCUUACGGCAAUGGAGAUUCUGAUGCACACCACUACAACAAUCCUGCUAAUGGUACUCCUGAUCAACAGCAAGAUCACCACGAACCGAGCAGCCCCGAGGUCACCAGCAUGAACUAUGGAAACCCAUCACUUUCUUCCUCCCAUUCAGCUAGCACACCAACCCACCACACUACAGUGCCAGAGGUAGCUAUUGCUUCUGGAGGGCGACUUCAGAUGAAUAUGUUUGUCUUUUUGUCGACCUUUAUCGGGCUUAUCUUCUUCUUGUAA